AUGAGGUUUGUUUUUGAUGAGGUUUUAAGUUCAGAUGUUGAUUCUCCAGAAUUCGAAGAAACAUGUUCUACAACAUCUUCUGUGUCAUCGGGAUAUCCUACACCUGAACCGAGCCCAGCAACGAAGUUGCCUCUAUUCACGGCAGGUGGUGCGAAGGAGUUGGUAGUGAAGUUUGACCCUGCUCUAGAGGACUUAUUGCGUGACUUGAAUCUGCAGUCCAAACUAAUUCCCUUAAAUGAGCCUAUUGGGGCCGCACCGUCGAUAAUGGUGCCACAUCCAACUAACUUAUCACUACCGAAUCCACCUCGCUUGUCGCUGAUAAGUACUGUCAAGACACCAGAUAUGGGGGCACCCUUACUAGAGGCAAUAGAAGACUCUUUUCAGAGGAAAAUGCAAAAUUUGGUACUUAUAAAUCAGAAAGAAGUUCAAUCCAUUAGAGCAAAUAAACGACGUGUUGAAGAGCAACGUAAGCGAAAAGAGGAGGAAGAGCGCAAACGUAAAGAAGCUGAAGAGAAAGUCAAACGAGAGCGGGAGUUAUUGCGCCAAAGAAAAGAGGAGGAAGAGCUUAAACGCAAAGAAGCAGAAGCAAAACUAGCACAGAAGAAACAAGAGGAACAAAGAAAGAAAAUCGAAGAACAAAAUGAAAAGGAAAAACAGUUAAAAAGGGAUGAAGAAGCCAAACUAUUGCAGCAGAAAGAUAAAUUGGGUAAAGCCAUCACGAACUUUGAUAGAAUUUCCAAAACGUUCUGGCACUAUAAAGACAAAAUUGCUCAGAUAAAGAAAGAUAUAGUAUUGCCAGUAAAGAAGGCUGACGUCAACGUGAGAAAUUUGCUUUCACGUCACAAAAGGAAAAUUAAUCCCAAAUUCGGGCAGCUAACUAAUAGCAACCAGCAACUCUUCAAAAUCCAGAAUGAAUUAACACAAUUAAUAAACGACACGAAAGGCGACUCUUUAGCAUACCAAUGGAUUUUAAACUUUAUUGCGAAAGCUGUGGUCCAUCAAGCAGAAACUGAAGUCAGAGUGAAACCGGAGUCAGCAUUACCUCUGGGAAAAUUGACUUUAUAUUUACUAGUUCAAUUUCCAGAGUUACAAGAAUUGUUUAUGGCCAGACUUGUUAAAAAAUGUCCCUUUGUAAUAGGAUUCACGUGCGAGAUUGAUACCGAAAAAGGUCGUCAAAACAUGGGAUGGAAAAGAAACAACGAGAAUAAAUGGGAAGAUAACACAUCUUACGACGAGAGAAUGGGCGGAAUAUUAUCAUUAUUCGCCAUAAUAACGAGACUAGCGUUGCCCCAAGAAUUCAUCACUAGCAAGAGUCAUCCUUUCCCUAUUUCAUUAUCAUGGCAGAUACUUGCUAGGAUAUGCAAUACGCCACUGGAUUUAAUAACAAAUACUCAUUUCGUUAUACUGGGUUCAUGGUGGGAUGCCGCCGCCGUGCAAUUCCUUCAGGCUUAUGGGAAACAAGCCUCCAAGCUGUUGGUCUUGAUUGGCGAGGAACUGACAUCCAAAAUGGCUGAAAAGAAAUAUGUAGGUGCUGCAAGAUUAAGAAUUUUAUUGGAGGCUUGGCAAAACAACAGCAUGGAAUGCUUUCCAGAAAUGUCUCCCUAA